UCUCUCCCCUCCCUGUGUGCAUCCCACAGGUGGAGUCACGGGCCCUUCCCUGGGGAGUCUGCAGGCCUAGGUAGGUAGCAGAGCUGAGCGUGUGCCCAGUGCCCCGAGCCCUGGGAGGGGGAAGGACCAUGCUGGGCGCCGUAGGGAGGGGUUCGAGUGAAGGCUAAGCCAGGAGAAGGAUACAGGUGGUGAUGGCCCAGCGUGGGCAGCUGGGCAGGGCCUAGAUGGUGACCAUCUCUCUCCUGCUGGCAGAGCUGCUCGGGUCGAAGAGGAAGCAGAAGCUGGUGUUAAUCCACCAGGCCCUAACGAGCGACCCUGUGGCCGUGGAGACCCUCCGGGGGGCAGCAGUGAGCGAGGGGGGGCUGCUCACCGAUGAGAUCCGCAGGAAGGUCUGGCCGAAGCUGCUUAGCGUCAAUGUGUACAACCUGCCUCCCAAGCCAGGCAGGGCUGUCCGCCAGAACCACAAGGACUACACCCAAGUGCAGCUGGACGUGAGCCGCUCCACACGCCGCUUCCCCCAAGGCAUGCGGGCCGAGCAGCGCCAGGUCCUGCAGGAGCAACUCAUCGACCUCAUCCUGCACAUCCUGAGGGCGCACCCCGAGCUGCACUACUACCAGGGCUACCACGACAUCGCCGUUACGCUCCUGCUGGUGGUGGGCGAGCGCAUGGGCAGCGCACUGCUGGAGAAACUCUCCACCCACCAUCUCAGGUACCAGGCCAACGGAGCCGCCUUGGAGGGGGGUGGGACGUCCCCUUGGCCGGCCUGUGCCUAG